GCAUGUAGGGAGGCUAGUUUGCCCAAGCACGAGGGGCAUGUGCUUACUAGGUUCACUAAACUGGAUAUACCGAUGUUCGUAAGGAAUGUGAGAAACAUCACUAGGGCGGCACAUGCAUGCGUAGAGGAGACGAUCGGGAAGGCGAUCCGUGAGGCUACGAAGCACCUCAAGGGUGCACCCAGUCCGAAGAUUGUGCCGAGUAUGAUAGGGACUGAUCGGAACUCAGAGAGUCCGGCCUGGACCUAUGCCGAGACACGGGAAUGGGGUCGGAGGUUCCAAGGGUUCGUUCUGACUCCGAUCGAUCGGAAUCAAGGGAAAACGGCUGUCAUAUAUCCUAUUCUGUACCGAUACGGUUUCAGUAAGAUGUUCUCCUGGAACGCUAAUUACGAACGUGUGGGGGUGCUGAAGGCGGAAGCCGAGAUGAUGAAGGCAAGCAAGGCAGACUUCAUGAAGCGGGGUCUACACACCAUCGGAGGAUGGAGACCAGACGGGUGCCUCGGAACAGCGUACGUAAUACCAAAGCACAAAGAUCUGAACCGAUGGAGACCGAUCGCACUGGCAGCUACUGAUCCUGCUGCGCUGGCUCAACGUCGGGUGGCCCGCGCACUGCACUGCUUACUGGUGAGGUUACCUGCGAACUGCACGUUCUAUAUGAAUUCGGUCUCUGAGCUGGCUGAAAGGUUGGGGGCUAUGACGAUCACAGUAUCGAUGAGAGGAAAACUCUGCGUGAUCAGUAACAACAAGAGGAAAAUCGAAGGAUAUGUGAGCAUUUCACUGAUGAAGCUAAUGUCAGCAGUUGAAUUUGAGCUGAAGCAUUCAGUGAUACGGUGCGGGGAGAAGCUGGUAAAGCAAGUUUUUGGGAUCCCGAUGGGGAAAUCGACUAGCCCCAUCCUUGCAUCAAUCACAUGCGCUAUGGCCGAACUGCGAUUCAUUAGCAGUCUAGGAUGUGACAGAAAACUGGUCGGAGGAUGGCGAAUCAUGGAUGAUAUUACUAUCGUCGUUGGGAGGAAUGAACCCGAGGGAGAUGACCGGGACCAGGAAGAGGUGUUCAACCUGUUUGAGAAUAUCUAUGACAGACACCUGGAGGUGAUCCGGAAGGACGAAUGUGGACUGACUUGGGAUUUUGUAGGGGGACUGAUGAUGAUCUGCACAGGACCACUGCAACUGCAUUUCGUUCCGACCACGAAGAACACGGAUGCUCUGCACCAUGAGGGCAAGCUGCGGUUCCAGACAAUUCAGGACUACCAGUCCUUUUCCGCAAAGAGCGGGAAAAUAGCAGUGUUGUCAAUGACUACUAGGAGGCUAUGGGACCAAGCCRCUAACAAGCAGCUGGUUUUGGGAGCUAUUGGAUACGCGAUAUGUGAAGCAGACCUCCGGGGUUACCCCCCCCCGGAGGUCUCUCUCGGUGCUUUGGCCGAUUUGGCCAAGGCUGCGCCAGGACAAGCGCUGCAAAAGUUGUUCGUUGCUCUCACUUUCUCGGCAUACAGGCUGAAGAUGGAGCGGACCCAUCGGCGAAUGGCUGAUAUCAGAGUCGGGAGAGAAGAGGGCUACUCCGAACCAUGGAACGACGACCUGUAGCGGAGGAUACGAGAGUGGAUUUUCAAAUUUAUUAAAUUUUCAAAUUUAUUACAUUGUUCGGCUCUUUUAAUUU